AUCUCUCGAUCUAUACAGCUGGCAUUUACCCGUGACACGUUUGAAUGAAUUCGCCGUUCUCUUUAGUUGACGACUAGCGGUUACAGGGAUUAUUAAAAGUUACUUGAUUUACGUCUCCUCCCUAGAGGUUUAGUGUUGAGUUUAUCUGACGUUUUUUGCCCAAAUAUUUCAAGAAAGUACUACACUGCGUGCUUGCUUCCCAGUGAGUGUAGAAAAUAUGUUUUGAGUUGAUUGUCCCAGGCGUAAAAACAUCGCGAAUAAACCGGUUACCAUUGAAGAAACAGACCUGAUAACCAGUGAUAAUAGUGCCCGGCAUUCACCAAUCAACUCUUCUGCUAACUCCUCGCAGUUGGAUACCACCAUUAGUCUAUUCUACUCGCCCUGACCGAUUUAGUGCUUACGUCGAUAUUAUCGGUAUCAUGCAACUGUUCUGCUGCCGUCAGUAUACAUCCGAGUCCAAUGGAAUAUCGUCAUCGACACCGAAAGAACCGGAGCAAAAUAAUUAUGACGGCGACUAUGGGGAUGAUGAGAUUAAAAAUGAUUUUCCGGAGAUUGACCACAUUAGUCUGUACACCUUGCGCAUAUAUGUUAUUAUUGGAAUUCCAAUGCUACUAUCCGCUGGUUUCACAAUGAGUUACGUUUUCACCGCUGGGACUGUCAGUUACAGGUGUCUGCUAACAGAAUGCGAAGAUCCCAUAAACACAACACUGUAUCCGACCUGGUUGACGACAGCAGUUCCCUACACCGACGGUGUACCGACGACUUGUACGCGAUAUACUGUACAAAAUGUCACAGACUCGUGUUCAACAACCGUGUUUACAACAGAAACCGAAAGCUGUGAUGCCUGGAUCUAUGAAACCGAUAAGCUCACCAUUCUCAACGAAUGGGAUCUCACCUGCGACGGAAAUCUGUGGAAGUUAUCGUUGCCAGGAACGAUUAACAAUGUUGGACAAUUUUCCGGAUUGAUAUAUUCCGGCUAUGUAUCAGACAGGUAUGGCAGACGCAACCUCUUGGUACUUUCCACUACGAUGGCCACGGUACUGGGAUUGAUUCGGUCCUUUUCCGUCAAUUACGAGAUGUUCGUCAUCUUUGAGUUUCUUGACGCGAUGGCUGGAGCAGGCUUGUACAGCGCUGCGUUCGUUUUAGGGAUGGAGUUUGUUGGGCCGAAGAAAAGAGUUUUCAUCAGUAUUGUCAUGUGCUGUAUGUACUCGGUCGGAGAAGCCGUCAUGGCUUUGUGUGCCAUGUGGAUUCGAUCUUGGCGUCAUCUCAUUUUGGCACUUUAUGUACCGGGAUUGAUCGCAGUAUUCAUACCAUUUCUAGUUCCAGAGUCCGUGAGAUGGCUACUGAGCAAGGGUAGAGGAGAUGAAGCGGAGAGCGUGUUACGAAAAAUUGCAGUUAAGAACGGCGUUGAAGUUACACAAGAAUCAAUCGAUUUCAUCAAGAGUACGGCGAAAAAGCAUAAGAUAAAAAAGAAAGGAGCAGGAUCAAAACCGUCAGGCAUUUCGGCGCUGAGACAAGUCCUUCGCGAAAGGGUAUUGAUGUUUCGUUUAAUGGCUUGUACUUUCUGCUGGAUUACCAACACCUUGGUGUAUUACGGUCUCUCGCUACAGUCGGUAACGGUAGGAGGUGACCAAUACGUGAACUUCAUUUUGGUAGCCUUGGUAGAGAUUCCUGCCAACUUUGCUUGUUGGGUUCUGGUGGACUACAUGGGGCGAAAGCCAAUCCUCAGCGGUUCGUUUUUCCUCAGCGGUGUCUUCUGCAUAUUGACAAUUUUCAUUCCUGAAGACUGGCGGUACCUGACCUUAAUUGUCUUCCUGGGAGGCAAGUGCAGCAUCACGAUAGCCUUCAGUACAAUUUACGUUUAUACCACAGAGAUGUUCCCCACACCGCUCCGACACUCGCUCCUUGGAUUUUGCAGCAUGAUCGCUCGUAUUGGAUCAAUGAUAGCACCGCAAAUGCCUUUGCUGGCAACUUAUAUGGCGUCGCUACCGAUGCUGGUUUUGGGAGCCGUCGCCUUGGUAGCCAGCAUUUUGUCUUUGAUAUUUCCGGAAACCACUGGGCACAAGCUUCCGGACACAAUACAAGAGGCAGUAGCUAUCGGCCAGCUAAAAAAGAAACCUGAAUCAAUCACUCCUUAUUAUCAUGGAAAAAAGAAUUCAAGUACCACUUUCUUGGUACUGAUUGGAGUAUCGUUAGUUCGAAGAAAAAUGCUUGUUAAUACCUCGUCGAUAUCCAACAACACUGACGAGAACUGUCUUAGAGCAAUGUACCCGACAUCUUUUUAUAGUUUCAGUAUGUUUACUGCGUCGAUGACCUGCACGACUUCGGUGAUCACUCGUGAUGCACGAGAGUGUGUAAUCAGCUUUGUCCAACGAGUCGUGGUCAUGGUGCACAUGGAGGUGACAUACGAUCCGCUAUUUCACAUUAACCACCGUCAUAAUUGUAACGGGCCGAAUUCUAAACCGACCAGGCAAACUGUACGAUCUAUGCGGCUUAGAAACGGCUCAGUGACUUCACAUAUGCAUGUGUCAAGUAUUCAUGUGACUGAUGUAGCCUCUGGUGAAAUAGGAACCCGGCAGAGGCGAAAUCGCAGACGCAUCAGAAAUCCGCGAGUUGUACCAGCUGCUGGAUGGAGAUUGAAAAAUAGAAAUGGGAAGUCACGUGGUACUCGACCCGGCAGCUCACAGCGGCUACAAUCAGUUUCAAGACUUCUAACAAUGGACUUCGACGAGGUUUUGGAAGAGCUCGGCGAGCUGGGAAAGUUUCAGUUAAUCAAUUACUUUUUGAUUUGCUUGCCGGUGUUUUUCAGUGCUGCUAACAGUUUAUCUUACGUAUUUGUUGCUGGAGUACCAGAGUACAGGUGCUACAUAGAAGGGUGCGAUGACCGGAGUUCACCAAACUAUUUAGCAUCCUGGGUCAACCAGACUAUUCCUGAUCUCGAAUAUGAGACGCAGACAGCCAAUGACGUUUACGUUCCCAGCCAAUGUAGCAUGUACCUUAAGUUAAAUUCCACGGUCAGUCAAUUUGUUGGCAACGAAACGUGUCCGUUCAACUUUUCGACGAACACGAUCAUUCAGUGCAGUGAGUGGAUCUUUGAUCCGAAAGAUUGGACCAUCGUCAGCGAGUGGAAUCUCACCUGCCAAUCGAACCUAUGGAAACUUUCUCUGAUCGGCACUGUCCACUUUGCUGGAAUAUUUUGUGGUUCAAGUCUAUUCGGAAUGCUCGCUGACAGAUUCGGUAGAAAGCUAAUGUUCAUUACGAGCAUCAUGCUGAUGACUAUUACUGGCAUUGGACAAGUAUUGUCCGGUUCUUACAACGUCUUUAAUGUAUUCGUCUUUUUAAACGCUGUCGGAACUGCCGGAAUAUAUCCCCUCGCUUUUAUACUGGGCGUUGAAUUGGUGGGAAAGAAGAAACGAGAGCUUUGUGGAAUCUUCCUGAAUUACUUCUAUGCACUGGGCGAGGCAGCUGUCGCCCUUUUUGCCUGGUGGUUUGGUUCCUGGCGUUUCUUACAGUUGGCAGUGUCGGCACCAGCGGUUAUUUUUUUGUGCUACUACUGGCUCGUACCAGAAUCAGUGCGCUGGCUACUAGCGAGAAAUGAAAACGUCAAAGCCAAGUCCAUAGUUUCGACAGCUGCCAAGACCAACAAGGUUGUUCUUUCUUCGCGCAUCCUGGAGUCCAUGGAGAAGAUUUCGAGCGACGCUAAGACUCCGUCGAAGGAUCCUCAGCUGCUGAAGAUGCUGGGCUUGGCUUUUCACUCAAGAUUACUCGUCACACGCAUUUCAGUAAUGUUUUAUGUUUGGGCCGCGACUGCCUUUGUCUACUACGGUUUAUCGGUAAACAGCACUAGUCUUUCCGGGGACAAAUACCUGAACUUUGCUCUGGUCUGCCUCGUUGAAAUUCCUGGUUACACACUCGCCCUGUAUGCCUUGCCAUUAUUGGGUCGACGAUGGGCUCUUAUAAUAAGUUUGCUGAUCUGCACCGUGACCUGUGGAGCGGCGGCGUGGAUUUUCAGGACAUCUACUUCCCUGUAUUGGGUUGCAAUAGUACUGUUCCUGAUCGGAAAAUUUGCAAUCACAGCAGCGUUUGGCAUUCUCUACGUUUAUACUGCGGAACUGUUCCCCACUGCGGUGAGGAGUUGUGCGGUUGGCCUUAGCUCGACGAUGGCUAGGAUUGGCGCCAUGAUUGCUCCCUUCGCUCCGAUGCUCUCUACAGUGACACCAGGACUGCCAUUGAUGUGUUUCGCGGCUGCCCCUUUGCUCGCAGCCAUCCUGACUGCCCUUUUACUUCCCGAAACCAGAGGACGUCGCCUCCCCAACACCGUUCGCGAGGCUGAGGCGAUAUAAAGUUAAUUUUAAUUGUUCUUCGAACGAUUAUUAUAUUUUAUCGUUUCGUACACAA